AUGAGCAACAGCAGCAACUUUGCAGACGAGUCCAACCAGUUUGGCAACAACUACAUGUUGGCUGCCACGGACGACGCGAACAUCGACCCCAUGCUCAACGCGUGCACGACCGAGGACCCGAUCCCAAACCCCUCCAGGCCCAUGGAUACUCAGUUCAUGAUGAAUCCUGCCAUGUGGAAUCCAGCCCUGAACAACCCCGUUGGCUUCUUUCCACCUGGGCUGUCGACCGUGAUACCGACAACCUCCACGGAUAGUCCGAGACCCCCGACCGAGGCGCAGUCAUCGCCUGGAACCACAUCAAGCGAACCGGUUUUCGAGACAUCACGUACCUCGAGCAAGUCUUCCAUACCAUCUAUCAACUCGAUUGCGAGCGAGACGAAUACCAAGGCUCGGAAGAGCACAAGGAGCACCAACUCGCACCGUCGACGAGCAUCAGCCGCAUCUCCGCCACGCCGACCAAGAGCUGCAAAAGAACCAGUUGUCGAAGAAGAUGAAGAAGAGGAAGGUAUGGAUGGCGACCAGUCGUCAAAAAGGAGCAAGUUUUUGAAGCGCAACAGGAUAGCUGCGUCCAAGUGCCGACAGAAGAAAAAGGAGUGGGUGAAUAACUUGGAGGAGACGAGACAUGGACUGGAGCAUCAACACUCGACCCUCCAGACAGAAUACAACGAUCUCCUCGGGGAAGUGAGCAAGAUGAAGAACCAACUGAUGCAGCAUGCUGGUUGCAACGACUCCAACAUCAACCAGUGGAUAGAGAAUGAGGCGAGAAAGUUUGUUCAACGGACGGCAGUCGAGUACCAAACGGGCCAGGGGCAUUGUAAUGGUAUCAACUGCUGCCACAAUCACCAUCGUCGGAGUUCAAGUGUCAUGACAAAUAUACCGAAAUCGACAGAAUCGGAGAUCAACUAUGACCACAUGCCCGACGAUAUGUUGGAUUAA